AAAUGUCAGCCUUAUUGUGCACUGGUGGGAGGCGAAAAUGCUGUGGAGAAACAGUCCUUUUGCUUAACAUAGAAAUUUUGAAGGAAGCCAAAUUAAUACAUGACAAGUUAUUGAAUAUCCAGUUCUUCUGGAGCGAAAAGAAAAAAAAGGGAAAGAAAAAGGAGAAUUGCUGUUACCGAAGAUCACGUUUCCUUUUCGGUGAAAUUCUCCAGCCAAGCUUGGCGCUAACCGAGUAGGCGAUUUCACUUCAUCACUUCACAAAAGACUUCCAAAUUCACUGCGGCAGGCAGACACGGCAAAAUAAAAAAUGUUAAAUACAUCCUGGCUGGGAGGGGACUGAAGCCUCCACGCUCAAUCAAAGGUUUGCAAUAAUAGGAUUCAUAAAAAAAAAAAAAGACAGAUGGGAUUAGAAAAUGUUGCAGUGAAGACUGAAACGAGAUGAGCUCACAGCACCAGCCUGUCUUUUGUGGACCCGCACAAUGAUCCCCGAGCCAGACUGGAUUAGGAAACCUUGCAACUAGGGGUUCACAGAGAGGCCUCCGGUUCCCAGGCACGUUAGGGGAGAGAAGGCUGACAGGAUGCAUCAGAUUUAUAGCUGCAGUGACGAAAAUAUCGAAGUUUUCACCACUGUGAUUCCUUCCAAGGUGUCCAGUCCAGCCAGAAGAAGAGUCAAAAGCUCUCAACACCUCUUGACCAAGAAUGUGGUGAUUGACUCAGACCUGUACGCUUCCCGGCCCCUGGAGCUGCUGCCACGCCGCACUGACCGCCGAGACUGCGAGGGCCCCAGGUUCAGCCGACUCCACAGCUCAUGGCAGCCGGGACCCCACCCCGCCAAGGCUCCUGCCAGACCGGUGGGGACUGCUGAACCCAAACCAUCAAAUCUGUGUGGGAAUCGAGCCUAUGGAAAGUCUUUGAUUCCUCCGGUGGCCCGGAUCUCAGUGAAGGCCCCCACAGCUGUCCUGGAGGCGCCCGCUCCCGGCGGCUCUGACAACAGAGCUGUUCUGACAAGAGGAUCCAGGCAUCUCAAGAAGAUGACUGAAGAGUACCCAACCCUUCCCCAGGGAGCAGAAGCCUCCCUACCACUGACAGGAAGUGUGUCCUGCGGCAUCCCCAGCAUCCUCCGAAAAAUGUGGAUGAGGCAUAAGAAGAAGGCUGAGUACGUGGGAGCGACCAACAGCGCCUUUGAGGCCGACUAAAGGUGACCUUCCCAGGUGCCAAAGGUCGCUGCACAGAGGGAGAACGCUGGAUUGGAAUGGAGUCUCCGUGCUAAAAAUGAACACAUUUACCUCUGCAAGUACCUGGUACAAACACAUCAUAUCAUCGUCCCUCACUACCCAAUCACCCAGCCUAGGAGGCACAAAAGGAACUUCCCUCGAAGGCAAAAGAAGACGGUUCCUUCUUAGAAUCGCUUAAGCCCCUGGCCUGACAGUGACUUUGGAAGAUCAUAAGUUUAUGUCCCCAUUUUUAAGCAAAACCACACCAAAAUAAAAUUGCCCCAACCCAUUUUAAAGACCUCCCCAAGGAAGGAAGCAGGUGAUUCUUCUGUCUUCCUUGUGAGUCAUUCUCAUAUGUGUGAUUUCUGUGUAAAUGUAAGAGCUUGAUGUUUGAGGCACCUGGAAACACGAUGGUUCUUACUCUUCCUGGUAUCGCAUUUAUUUCAUCUUGACGAGGUAGGCUUUUCAAUGACAGAGCACUAAAUAUUUACUUCGUAGGGCAAAUAUCCAAUCCAGAGUAUCGUCAACAUGGGUUUUGAGGAUCAUCUGGCAUGAUUGCAUGAAUUCUCUAUUCUUUUAUGUGCAGUUUUUCUAUAGAAAAACAAUUAAAAAUCAAAUGUUGAGUGCUGAUGUUUUCUGAAAUGGCAUAGUCUAGUCCCUAGUGGAAUUAAUAAUACCUUGCUUUGGUAUAAUCAUUUCAACAGGUGAUUUAAACUGACCCUAUCAAUUGGAGUACCCUAAGACUAUUUAUUUUAACGUAUUUAAUUUAUAACUGAUGUCCUCUAUUUGUAUGUGGUAGCUGGAGAUUUCUGUAGGAUGGAAUUGAUUUAUUUAUUUUUACUUUAAAUAUUUCAUGAUGAAGUGUUUACCUUGUACAGAACAUUUUUAUUGGCCAAGUCAAAUAAAAAUAAAAUAUG